UGCAACCUGCGCACCAUGAGAUCGGCCGUGGGGCUCCUGGGUGCACUCGGGGUGCUUCUACCUACAGAUUGCUGCCUUUCCUGCGUUGCCUGCUUGGAGGUCGGCUCUCAAACUUGUGACGGUGGAAGCGUACUGUGUCCCCCCGAAAAAGUCUGCGGCACCUCAUUAAUAGAUGUUACUCGUAAUGACGGGCUGAGAUAUUACAGUGUGAGAAGGAACUGCCGAUAUCCAGACUGGUGCCAACAAACCUUCCACUUUAGCCACACGAAUUACAGGAGCCGGCAGCAAAUCACCUGUUGUACCACGGAUAACUGUACCCCCCCGGAACCCACGUGGCUGGAGGUUGAGGACGAGAGUGAAACAAACGGGCUGAGCUGCCCAACCUGUGUGGAUCCCAGCUUUGAUUGCCUUGCCAAGGGGGACGUCGAAUGCGUCGGAGAGGAGAACAAAUGCUUUCAUCAAACCCAAACUUAUGAUGGCAUUGGGGUAACUGCAAUAAACACAUUCCGGGGCUGCAGCACUGAGUCUCUCUGCCGGUUCGGCAAAUGGACCGAGAAGUACGAAGGGUUUACUCUAGAGAGUUCUAUUAACUGCACUGAUGCAAAUACCGGAAACGCCAAUAUGAGCCCCUAAAUGUAUUACUUUAUUUUCUUCUGCUAAUAAACUCAUUUUAGCACUGAAUACAGCAACUAUAAAACCAUAAAGCAGUCUAACAAUCUAAAUUGUAUAUCUAGUAUAAAUAAAUUUGAAGCAACUGGA